AUGGCCGCCAUCCGUCUUCCUCGUCGUCUGAGCCAACCCCACAAGCAGGUGGAGGAGCGGAGAGCGACGUCCUUCCUCGGCUUAAUCUUACCACUCGUCCGCCGAAUCCCGCUCUCUCGCGUCCGCAUUCACGCCCCGCUCGCACCACUCGGCCGCCUGCGCCGGGCGAUCGCACAGGCCUCGCAGAAGGCCCGCCAAUUGGGUGGCAAACCCAUACUCAAGAAGCACACCCGCCCCCCUGCACCCACCCCUGUCGAGAAUAUCUGUUCCUCCGACGUCGGCCCCGACAAGACCAAAGUCGCGGGGUCCGGCCCCGCACAAGAGGCACGCACCGCUGCCGCCGAGCAUGACGUCGCCGAGCUUGAGAAACGAGCCGCUGCCGCCGAGCAUGAUGUCGCCGAGCUUGAGAAACGAGCCGUUGCCGCCGAGCGUGAAGUCGCCAAGCUUCAGAAUCGAGCCGCUGCCGCCCAGCGUGAUGUUGCUGCGGCCGCCGCCCGUGCGGAAGGCGCUCAACAAGCGUACGUCAAGGUCGUCGACCGUCUCUUACAGGCCGAGGCCGCCGUCGUCGCUGCCUCAGCAAGAGCUGUAGCCGCGGAGGGACGGGCGAGGGAGGCGGAACGUGCGGGAAACGACAUUGCACGGCAGCUACCACUCGUUCAGCGCGACUUGCACCAUGCCCAAGCGGAAGUCGCUUCCGAACGCGCGUACGCCGACCAGACGCUGGAGAAGCACAACGAGCAGCAGGCGGAGCUGCGUCGCAUCAUCGACGCCUGGGCAGAGCCGAACGUCUCUCCUCGUCACCCGGACCACCGUCUCAACCCGCCGGCACCGGUAGCGCACGUCAACGCCGGCUCCGGACCCCCACCCGCAUUCAGCCUGAUCGCCAAGCCCGAUCCAGCAAGAAGUAAGCCCCUUCAGUACACGCCGUAUUAA